GCUCAGGUGGGUUUCACCAAUUUUCGCAGCAAUGUCACGCCGGCCCUCCGACCUCUACCAAAACCCUAUUGUUUCAGUUUGUCCGGAUGAUCUGCGAACGCAGCCGGACUGGCUGGAGCAACAAGCCUGGUUUUUGGCAACCUUAGAUGCCAAGUUCUCCCAGCAGGCAGACUUGAUCAAGGACUUGCUAGACACCUCACUUGCAGGUGGAGGUGGAAGUUUUUGCCAUGGGAGUCGCUUGGAGCCCCACGGCAUUCAUGGCUCCGACGCGCCCGGCGACAACGAAGAAGAGCUACCUGUCCUUGUGGCAGCCGACUGUGAGGAGAGUGAGGAGAUUGAGGAGGAUGUCGGGGAGCUGGAGCAGCCGGAGAACAAAGAUGGCUCUUUUGCCACGCUCCGUUUGCGAUCCCUGCGAGCCACGCUUCGCGGCUCCAGGGACUCAGACGAUAGGACUGCCCGGAAGUCUGACACCAUUCGGAAAGCCACACAGGUUUUGGGUGCCAAGGUGAUGAAUGAAAAGCUGGCAGAUGAACCGCCCUUGAGACAGUUUGUGAAGAAACGGCUCGACACCUUUAUGGCGCUCGUGGUCGCUGCCAAUAUCUCUGUGAUGGUGUUGAUGACCCAAUGGGCCGGGAGGAAUUCAGAUGUAGCUCUGGGACUGGAGGAAGAGGCAUGGCCAUUUUUCUCGCAGGAGUUCUUUGAUGGAUUGGAAUAUGUCUUUUAUUCCUUGUACCUGAUUGAUGUUUUACUGCGAAGCUAUGUUCUCCGACGAGAGUGGUGCUAUGAUCCCGUGGAGGGUGUGCAGUUCAUGAAUCUCUUUGAUGCUACAUUGGUUGUCAUCAGUACCUUCGAACUCAUUUUGCUUCCUGCCAUUGUUUCAGGUGGCACGUCGGCGCAAGCAAAUGCCGUGCGUCUGCUGAAGCUCGUGCGGAUCGUGCGCACCCUGCGCAUCAUCAAGGCCGUCUCGGUGUUCCGCCAGCUGCGGGUCUUAGUGGCAACCUGCCUGGCCAGCAUCGGCGCUCUGAUUUGGUCCAUGGUUCUAUUGAUGCUCCUGAAGCUGGCGGUAAGCCUCAUGGCGGGACAAGCCUUGCAGACCUUCAUUCAAGAUGAGUCGGAAGACUUAGAUGCCAGGUAUGAGAUGAACAACCUCUAUGGUAGCUUCACUCGUGCCUUUUACACCUUCUUCGAGAUAACCCACAGUGGUUCGUGGCCUUCACGCGUACGGCCUGUGCUGGAGAAAGUCAGCCCUUGGUAUAGCGUCCUUUUCUUGCCGUACAUUGCUUUGGUGGUCUUCGCCGUGAUUCGCGUGGUGACGGCGUUGUUCAUCAAGGAGACCUUGGCCUCGGCGGCCAACGAUGCGGAGAUGGUCAUCGAAGAAAGUCGGCGCAUGGCCGUGGAGUACCAAGAGCGACUGGAGGAACUCUUCCGCUUGGUGGACAACGACGGCGACGGCUCGCUCUCCGCUGAGGAAUUUGUUCAGGCCAUGGAACUGCCAUCCGUGCAGCAGUACCUGAAGUUCCUGGAAGUGACGGUCCGUGAUUGCGGGCCGCUCUUUGAGAUUUUGGCCCAGGGCGAUGGGCAAAUCACCAUCACAGAAUUCUGCAAGGGCCUGAUGCAAAUCAAGGGCCAAGCACGUGCUUUGGACAUCGUCGUUCUGCAGCAUGAAAACACUAAGUUGCAACAUGAUAUCGGCGAAGUUCUGCAAAUCGUGAGGGGUUUUGAUCUGCGGGCGCGGGAAAGGGCUUCACGGGCCCACGCGGCUCUGCAGGCUCGAGGCUCGGUCCUCUCCUCUCAGCGCGGGUUGUUAGCCAGUCUCGCCUAAGGUGAGGCUGACACGACAAACAUCGAAGGAAAAUGAAGAAAAACA